GAGACGACGAGAGCAGUGACCGCGCAAGGUCGACCUCGAGGCAGAGGCACGCGAUUAUGGUGCACCAUUAUCAUCGUCGCCGCGGCCUCCAGGCGACCCACCACUGUGCCAUUGGGAGUCGCGUAGGCACAUGCGUCUCGCUCUUCCAGGUUCUUCUGUUGAUUCUCAGCCUCGGGCUGCCUGUGCUCGAUAACGGUGGCCUUGCCCUAGCGUGCGGACCCGGUAGAGGUGCCGGCCGACGGCCGAAUCUGAGGAAGCUUACUCCUCUGGUCUUCAAACAGCAUGUGCCAAAUGUCAGCGAGAACACCUUACCGGCGAGCGGACUCAGCGAGGGACGGGUGUCUAGAUAUGACCCCAGGUUUCGAGACCUGGUACCCAAUUAUAACACGGACAUCAUCUUUAAGGACGAGGAAGGCACCGGCGCCGAUCGUCUCAUGACACAGAGGUGCAAGGAGAAACUCAACACUUUGGCGAUUUCGGUGAUGAACCAAUGGCCCGGAGUGAAACUGCGAGUGACGGAGGCCUGGGACGAAGAUAAUGCGCACGCGAUAGAUUCUCUGCACUACGAGGGACGAGCCGUCGAUGUAACGACGAGCGAUCGCGAUCUCUCCAAGUACGGGAUGCUGGCGAGACUCGCGGUUGAGGCUGGCUUCGACUGGGUCUACUACGAAUCCAGGUCGCACAUACAUUGCUCCGUCAAGUCUGAAUCAUCUUCAGCGGGCAAGUCUGGUGGUUGCUUUCCCGGGGGGAGCCUGGUCCGAACGGAGGAUGGCAGUACGAAGAGGCUGGACGAGGUGCACCUUGGCGAGCGUAUCGCCGCUCUGGACUCCCGUGGCGACGUUGUGUACAGCGAGGUGAUCGCUUUCUUGGAUCGUUCUCCAUCCGAGAGGAGACAGUUCGUCCGAGUGACGACCGAGUCCGGUCGGGUGCUCACGUUAACGCCGGCGCAUCUGGUGCCGGUGGAGGGUCGGUCGUCGGUGUUUGCCGGCAGCGUGCAACCCGGCGACAGGAUCCUCGUGAGCGACAUCGACGCGGCGAUCGCGACGAACGAGGUGGACAGUCGUAUGCGAUGGGACAGCGUCGUCGAGACGAAGUUGGUCCUCGAGGAAGGUGUUUACGCCCCGCUUACGAUGGAGGGCACCCUCCUCGUAGACGACGUCGUCGCGUCCUGCUACGCCGUCGUCAACAGUCAGUCGGUGGCGCAUUACUCCUUCCUGCCGCUGAGGAUUUGGCACAGCGUGACAUCCUUUUUCUUGCAAAGGCUGGACGACGCGAAACACUUUGUGGCGAGACACAGCAAUGCGUCCGGAACGGAGCCGACGGCGGGCGGAGAGCAAGAGGGUGUCCACUGGUACGCUUCGAUGCUCUAUUCGCUGUCAUCCUACGUGUUGCCGUCGAAGAUGCUCUACAACUGA